CUACCAGCUUUAUAAGCAGCGCGAAACAUAGGAACUCUUAGGUUACUGGUCUUCCACAGACUGUAUCAUGGGUCAUCUUCUUGGAUUAGGGUGGAUUUUUCUCUUGAUAGCUGCUGGAACUAUAGAGGCUCAAAAGAAGCCCUCUAUAAAUAUCAGCACGAAAUGCUUGGGGAAUAUCAUGCGUGUGGAUGUUGGCCCACUUGGAGGAACCCUUUUGGAUGUUGCUGUUAUCAUAAAUAACACAGGUGUUGGCCUUACACCAAGUAUCGCAGCCCAGUGUGGGUUCAGCAUGAAGAGUGACCCAUUUGGGAAUGCCCUGAUUUACGUCUCCCUCCAAAACUGUUUUGCUCAAAAUGCGGAAGAUGAAUUGUUCACAACAGCACUACAACUUCGCCUGCAUGGGAGCCAGUUUGGUCAAGAUGAGGUGUAUCGUGUGGUUGAAACCUGCCAGUAUGACGUCUGGGCCUCCAGAGAAGUCAUCUGUGACUACAACUACAUGGAAGUGUCUGUAAGACGUGCAGCUCCUGAUGACUUUCCCCUGCCUGGCCACUCAGUCUCUAGCUCAAAGCCUUUAAACUCUCGCCGAGCUGCAGAGAAACGUCCUAUGGAUACCGGCUUCAGAGCCACUACAGUUGUCUUUUUCACGGCAGAGGGAGAAAAGCCUAUGAGUGUGACUGACGCACAGAAAAGUGGCUAUGGCAUUGGAAUUACUCCUACUAGGCUAGUCUUGAGAAGUCCAAUGAUGGCACCAGAAACUUACACACAGAAAGUAGCGGGCGUUCCCAUGAGGGUUUUCAAAACUUCAACAAUCUUUGAAAAGAAGUGGCUGGCAACUCAAGUUGAUGCAGCAGCUGCUUGCCCACUCCAUGAGGGUAGCGUCUUCUUCACUCAAAGCACAAUCACCUGGUACCUGCCCCGGCAGAUCGACCCGAUGAUCUCAUCUGGCCAGUUUAAUCUUUUGGAAGUGCACUUUGGCAUAAAUGGACAACGGCUGGACGCUGCAGAGAUGCAGGCCCGUGACUACUCCAUAUCUCUCGACGACUUCUACGUAAUCACUGAACUUCCCAUCGGGGGUGUUGGCGGCUACUACAAGAGCCACAUUCAAGAUGACCUGUACUACGUCUCUUACAUGAUUGAGCCAAUGAUUGAACUCCUCUGGACAGAGGAUUCCUCUCAUGAACAAACAAAAUACAAAGUCUUCUUUCACAUUGCAACACAUCUUAUACCUCGACCCCUAGAGCUUAUUGAUAAUACAGUCCCAGGGGAGGAUAUGUUUAAGAUGACGCUGGGCCACUUUGCUCCGGAUGUGGUUCUGAUGAACAUUACCUUCCCAACGGGGGUUCUGUCCAUGCAGGACUGCAGCGCCCGAGGCUUUAACAUCUUGGAGCACUUGUCCCCAAAUAGCAGUAUGAAGGUCUUCACGCUUCAAGUGCCAUUCGCAGACCCUGCCGUCCUGAAGCAGGCUGGAAAUGGUGUAACUGUCUACUCUCUUCACCUGACCUUUGGUUUGAUGCUGGUGGAUGAGCUCGUAUUCUUCUCUUAUGCAGCUAGUUUGGAAGCUGUAGUCAAGGACUUGGCAGUCCCACCUUCAGUCUCUGGUGGCUGUGAUAACAGUAACUUCUAUGUCCUGGUGAAAUAUGGGACCCAAGGCUUCAACUUUCAGACCAUGGUGGGAAAGCGAUUCAUGACCCCUAGUCUGGCCCAGCAUUACAACUACAUGGAGAACGGGACCCACUUCAGUUUUGUUGUGCCAUUUUCAUCCCCUGAUGUUGCCGUAGAGGCCAUUGAAUCAUCCUCUAUCAGGAGCAGGCUUGAUGUGACACUAAAUAAUCCAGAGACAAAUGCCCAAAUUAAAGAGUUCUCUGUGGCUUGCAGUUUUCCCUCAACAAUAACUGAAUGCUUUCCAAAUGGAACAAUGACUGCUUUGGCUCUAAAACUGGAGUCAGUCCCCUCUCUGAACCCCAGCAAGCUCACCCUCGAAGACCCAUCCUGUGGCCCAGUCCACAGCAACGAUCGCUAUGCCUUCUUUGUCUUCACAGUGAAUUCAUGUGGCACAAAAAGGAAGUUCAUGUCCAAUGCCAUGCUGUAUGAAAACGAGAUCUCCCUGCCAGAUGAAGUUCUAACGAAAAAGGGCCAGACGUCAGAGGAACCGGAGUAUCAUUUAAAGGUCUCUUGUGUCUAUGACAUCAACACAAGUCAGGCUGUGGCCUUUAACACCAGACCUCGCAGGAGUGAGCCUUACGCUGAGAACUCAAAAGGCCAGCUGCAAGUUGUAAUGCAUCUUGCUUUGGAUGACUCCUACAGCAAGCUUCAGAACUUUGAAGACUACCCCAUAGCAAAAUAUCUACAACAGCCACUGUAUUUUGAGGUUGAGCUGCUCAAAUCUGCAAACCCUCUGGUGUCCCUGGAGCUGGAAAACUGCUGGGCAACACAGCAAGAGGACAGGACAUCCCAGCCCAGAUGGAAUCUCAUCAUUAAUGGCUGCCCAAACCCAGUUGACCCAUACCAGGUAGUCUACCAUCCUGUUUGGGCUGAUGCCAGGGUUAGGUAUCCCUCCCACUUCAAGCGGUUUGAGGUCCAGAUGUUUGCCUUUGCUGAUGGAAAAGAUGACUUGAGUACCAAGCUCUUUGUGCAUUGUGACGUUGUGAUCUGUGACACAAAGAAUCCCAUUGAUGGAGUCUGUGGUCGGCGAUGUCCUAACGCUGAACAAAGGACAAAAGGUUAAAGGUGUUGUCUCACAAGUCUACAGCUUUGAAUAUGUUUCUGUUGGACCAAUGUACCUCAGUCAUUUAAAAAUAAAAAAAAUUAUUUUUAAA